AUGACCAGUAUCGCUCCGAGUGAACGGUCGGUGGAGUCGAGCUUGCAUUACUGGCUCACCUUUCUGAAAUACAUCGUCCAGAAGUUGCACCUGCACCACGAUGCGUCGGACCUCAGUGAAGAUGACAAGGAGGAGCGGCGAAGACUGUGGUGGGCGACCUAUAUCAUUGACCGGCAUACCGCCCUGUCAUUCAAUGGACGUCCGCGCAUCACCGACCAGGAAUGCCUGCCUCUUCCUCCUCCACGGCCGGAUGUGGUUUGGAACCAGUUAGGCCCGCUGCUUCCCUGGUCCGACCGGCAGAGCCAUGACCCCGUGGCCCUCACCUACCAUGUAGAGAGCUUGGAUAUGCUUGGUAUCUUUCUACCACUUGCCAGGGCAUUGGGCGAGAUUCUGGAGUUCCGGUUUCUCUGCGAUCAUUCCACCUUCAAUACGGAUGCGAGCUUUCUACAUGCCAUUCGCGGGAAAAUCGUCCAUAAUCUAGACCGAUGGUUCCAUUCGUUUGCCGCGCUGGUGGGCUCGGACUUCUGUACAAUUGCCGAGCCGCACUGCGAGUUCUGUCCGGCAGCAGAGGUCCCUGCAGUAGCCUACUAUGGCUUCCAUAUGUACCACUGUAUGUUCGUCUUACUGCAUGGCCCAAUGGAUGUGGUCCGAAUGUAUCAGGAUCUUGCAUGGCAGGCAUCGUCGGAAUUUCUGAUCGCGGGCGAACAUGCUGUCGCAUGUGCAAAUAUCGCUCGUCAUAUUCUUCAAAUCGAUCCGCAAUUGUCCUUGAUGUACCGAUUUUUCGGGACGUACUUUCUGCAAUCCUCAUUCAUCUUCCUCAUUCUAGCGCAGAAGCUCGGUCGGCACUCGGACAGCCUGAUUCUGCACAAUUGCGCUAUUAACCUGCAGGUCUUGGAUAUGUUUGUGGCCGCUACGAAUAUGGACUACCAGCGUACGUUUGCCAAACUUCUGCGGCGGGCCUUGUCACACAACAUGGAUCAGUCCUCGUCAGCACAACCGCUCGAGGGUCCCCAACCCCUCGAGGAGUCAUCGGGUGUACCAGAGCCGGUGCUGGAUCCGGAAAUGCUGCGCUACCGCUGGAUCCCCGGAUACACAGGGUUAUGGACCGACCCGUUGGGCCUUAGAUGA